AUGUCGCAGGUGAAUGAGCAUCACGCGCCCUCAACGCCAGGGAAAUUGAAGCCAGAAAAAUCCCCUUACAUCCACCACCGCCUCCGCAUCCACUCCUCACUCUCUAAGCUCACUCUCUGGUCCUCCUUCUUUCUCGCAUUCAUCCUAUUCCUCGUUAUCUUCUCUCCGCCAUCACCCUCGGCCUCCCCCCGCCGCGCCCUUGGCGACUCCUGGGGCGGCUCCCACUGGGAGAAGCGCGUCGCCAAAUCCGCGCGCCGCUCGUCCACCUCCAGCCUAGCCGUACUCGUCACUGGCGCCGCGGGGUUCGUUGGCACGCACGUCUCCCUCGCCCUCAAGCGACGCGGCGACGGCGUCCUCGGCCUCGACAACUUCAACCGCUACUACGACCCUAACCUCAAGCGCGCACGCCAGCGUCUCCUCGACCGCGCCGGAGUUUUCAUAGUCGACGGCGACCUCAACGACGCCGCGCUCCUCCGCAAGCUCUUCGACGUCGUGCCCUUCACGCACGUCAUGCACCUCGCCGCGCAGGCCGGGGUCCGCUACGCGAUGCAGAACCCUGGAUCCUACAUUCACAGCAACAUCGCAGGCUUCGUGAACCUUCUAGAAGCCUGCAAAAACGCGAACCCCCAGCCCGCAGUGGUUUGGGCCUCGUCCAGCUCCGUCUACGGGCUCAAUUCGAAGGUUCCGUUUUCGGAGAAGGACCGUACGGAUCAACCGGCGAGCCUCUACGCGGCGACGAAGAAGGCUGGCGAGGAAAUCGCUCACAGCUAUAACCACAUAUAUGGGCUUUCUAUCACUGGACUUCGGUUCUUCACUGUUUAUGGGCCGUGGGGCAGGCCUGACAUGGCGUAUUUCUUCUUCACGAAGGAUAUUCUCAAGGGAAAGCAGAUUACGAUAUUUGAGUCCCCCGAUGGUGGAACCGUGGCGAGGGAUUUCACCUACAUUGACGACAUUGUGAAGGGGUGUUUGGGGGCUUUGGAUACUGCCAAGAAGAGUACUGGGAGUGGCGGGAAGAAGAAAGGGCCUGCGCAAUUGAGGGUUUUUAAUCUGGGGAAUACUUCACCUGUACCUGUGAGUGAGCUUGUUGCGAUUCUGGAGAAGCUUCUGAAGGUGAAGGCGAAGAAGAAGGUGCUUCCCAUGCCAGCAAAUGGAGAUGUGAAGUUCACUCAUGCCAAUAUUAGUUUGGCUCACAGGGACCUUGGGUACAGGCCUACAACUGAUUUGGAGACUGGGCUCAGGAAGUUUGUGAAGUGGUACCUCGAAUUUUACUCCAAGAAGAGCUCUUGGUGA